AAAACAUUCACGGUUAACAAAUUUCCGAACAUAAGGGGAUACAGUGGUAUCACUGUUUAUGAGAUUGUAGAAUUUUGUUUCUUCAGCUUAAAAUCUGUUGCACACCUUACUCAGCCCUCACAGUAUUAUGUAUAUACGAAACAUUUUGAAGUUCAGGGGCCUACAAUGAAGGAUACACUUUGGUACUUUGGAUAAACUUCUUCAAAUUGAUGUUAGCGAGGGCAAGAUUUCAGAGCGGGAGAUAAGGAAGUUAAUCUGUAAGGAAGCUGUUAGUGGAAGUAUUUGUCAUGCUAGUCCCGACAGUUGCAUUAAUAACUGCCCCGCCUCCAAAACUCGUUAAUCUUUAUGAUAAAUUGGUUAGUCAUUUGACGAAUAUUAAUUUUAACAGCGAAUCACUUGUAAACAUUAUUUAUAAUCAUGUCAUUUUAAGGAAAGGUUAUAGAAUAAUCUGCUCUAAUCUUACGGAAUACACAAAGCAAGAGAGACCUUCAAGGAAGUUAUAAUUAUUAUUUUUUUGAAUGCAAGAUAAUUAUGCUUGUAAUUAACUAGAAAAAAUUGGAGAUAUGUAAGCUAAAAUAUGAUUUCUGGAGAUGUAAGUCCCCUGGAAGAAUUCUAGUCAGUAAGUCCACGUACAUUUAAAGAUCAUUGUUGUACAAUAAAUCCGGGUCAUUGUAAAUUAGAAGACAAUAGAUCCUUAUUUGUGCUCCAAAUUGUCUAUUGAAUUCUAUUAUUUCACAUUUCAUAUAACAAAACCGUUGAAUAAUACUAUUUUGCUUCCAGCCGGAGCUCCAACAGAGCAGGUAAGAUCCGAGGAACAGAAGGAUUUUGUUUG